AUGGGCGCCCAGUCGCCAAACACAAUACUCCCGGCCAGCUCAUCACUCGCUCUUCUCACAAUCGCUUUCGCUUCAAGCAUCAUCUAUGCUUUCGGCGUCGCCAUCUAUCGCCUGUAUUUCCAUCCCAUUGCACAUUUCCCAGGUCCAAAACUCGCGGGAUUGACAAGAUGGUACGAAUUCUACUACGAGCUGGUCCAGCAAGGACAGAUGACCUUCCAUAUUCGAGAGCUUCACAAGAAAUAUGGCCCCAUUGUUCGAGUCACUCCAAAUGAACUACAUAUUCUCGAUUCCGACUAUUUCGAAGAACUCUACGUCAAAUCUGGCAAGUUAGAUAAAUAUGCUCCGUUUUCCGCUCGAUUUGGAACCGACGACACAUUCUUCACCGCGCCUUCGCAUGAGUAUCACCGCCGUCUGCGCAACUCGGUUGUCUCGUUCUUCUCCGCGCGCAAGAUCAUGGAAUUCCAACCAGUCAUUCGGGACAAGUUAGACAAAAUGUGCUCCAGGAUUGCUGAAUAUGUAGGGACAGACCGAAUACUACCUCUUCAUCGUGCUUGGACGGCACUGACCGGUGACGUGGUGACUGAAUUCUGCUUUGCGAAAGCAUAUAACCACCUUGACUCACCGGAUUUCGAAGAGACAUUUCACGAGGCGAUGCAUGCGGCAUGCGAAUCGUCCAGUAUCCUUAUGCAGUUUCCCUGGCUGUGGCCUAUAAUGAACAGCUUGCCGGACUGGCUAGUAGUUAAACUCGAACCGAAAAUGCAUAUGCAUAUUCAGGUGCAGCGUGACUUCGAGCGGACCAUUUCGGCAUUGAAGGAAAAUCACGAUGAGACGCACAAGUUAGUCGACCAUGCGACACUCUUCCACGAGAUGCUCAACAGCGAUCUCUCACCGAAAGAGAAAUCCGUCAACCGCAUGGUACAAGAAGCGCAAGUCAUCAUUGGUGCGGCGAUCUUGACCACGUCCUGGGCGGCUGCAGUGGCUAGCUUUCACAUCAUCAACAAUCCGGAGAUUUUUGGGAAAUUGAGGAUUGAGCUGGAAGAAGCCAUACCCGAUUUGAACACGAAGCUGGAUUGGCAGAAUCUCCAACAGUUGCCAUAUCUGAAUGGGUGUGUCAAAGAAGGAAUCCGCCUGGCUUACGGGAUUGCCUCUCGUCUGCCACGUGUCGCACGGACCGACCUGAAGUACAAAGGCUGGACGAUUCCGGCUGGAACACCUGUUUCGAUGACAAUUGUGGACAUGAACCAUGACGAGGAAGUUUUCCCGCAAUCACAUUCGUUCGUCCCUGAGCGGUGGCUUGGUAACCCGACCUCCAAGAACGGUCACAGUCUGGAAAGAUAUUUUGUCGGCUUUGGUAAAGGCGCUAGGUCGUGUAUCGGGUUGCAUCUUGCGCAAGCAGAAUUGUACAUGGGUCUCGCCGCCAUCUUCAGACAAUUCUCUUUUGAAUUGUACGAAACCGAUGUUUCAGAUACAGUCCUUGCUCACGAUUACUUUGUGCCCACGGUCAAGCUGGACUCGAAAGGUAUCAGGGUAAGGGUGAAGUCAACCGAGAAGUAA